AAAUUCUUCAAAAAAUUUCUUUUAAUUUUGAUUUAAUUAUGCCAAAUUUUAAUGAUAAUUCCAAAGAAAAUCAUUAUAUUAAUCAUUCAAUUGAACAAAAUAAUCAUAAAUUAAUUGAUUUAAUUGUUGACAAUAAAGAUAUUUGUCUUGCAACAACAACAACAAACCGAUCAGAUCCAAACGACAAUAAACGAAUCAGCAGCAUUGAUAAAUCCAAGAAUCUUAUCAUUGUUCGACAGCAAAAACUUAUUGAUGAAAAUCAUCAUGUAAAUAAUGAUGAUGAUGAUGAUUAUGAUUCCACCGGUCCAACUAAACAGACUGAUGAAAGUUCAUCAUCUACAUCACAUGAUGAUGAUGAUCAUCAGGAAAAAUUAAACGAACAUGAACAUCAACAGCAACAAUGUCGUAUGAUAAAAACUCGUCCAGUUAAUAUUCAAAAGAAAAAUACAAUACGUGGUAUACUUAAAUAUCCACCUGGAUGGCCAAAACGUUUUACAUUAUCCGAAUCAGAUAGUGGUAUAUUUUCACGUUCAAUAUCUGCUGAUGAUGGUAUUGGUUCUUAUUAUGGCCGAACAUCAUCAUCAUCAUUACAAUCACCAGGAAUCCUUAUGGAUUGUUUUGGAUAUGAUGACAACGACGACGAUGAUGAUGAUGAUAAUGGUGAUGGUUUCUGUAUUGAUGAUCUUAUGAAACCAAAAAAAUGUGUUACAUUUUCGGAUAAACAGGCAACAUUUGUUUUUCGACCUGGAUCCAGUAUACUUGGCCGACGACAAAAAAAUCAGAAAAAAGCAAAGAAAAAAAAGGAACGUGAAAUUCGUAAAAUGAUUUCAUCGCUUGAACAACUUCAAGAUGAUGAUGAUGACGAUGAUAACGAUGGCAAUAAUCGACGAAUAAGUCGACAACAGCAACGAUUAUCAAUGAUCAAUAAUCUACGACGUUAUGUUGAUAAUGAUAAUGAUGAUCUUGAUUCAUUUUGUUCAUCACCAUCAUCAAUAUCAUCAUCAUUUGAAAGUAGUAGCGGUUGUGAUGAUACAACAACAUCGGCAUCAGAUUGUUCAUCAGCUGAUGAAAUGUCUUCUUCAACAAUGACAACUUCACAAUUAAAUCCAUAUGAAAAUGAAAUCGAUCAAAAUGAUCAAAAUAUUGAUGGUAAACAAAAAUCGAAAAGAAAAAAUCGUCGUCGUCGUAAUCGUAAAAAUAAAUUAUCAAUGAAAACAUUAUUAGAAACAGGUGGAUAUGAUAGUGAUUGAAUAAUUCAAUUUCGAAUCUACAAAAAAAUUAUUAUUAUCUGGCCUUAUUGUCCUCAAGAUUUUAGAAUUUCUCAAAACAAAACAAAAUUCUUUGCCUCCAAAAAAAAAAAAU